AAGGCGGGCUGUUGUUCUGGCUGCGCUCGGCCAGUCCCUUCGUUCAAAUCGUCUGCCAAAUCGCGUCCCUCCAAAAUCUUCCUCCGAAACGCACUUUUAGCUGGUUGCCGAUCUCCCUGCAGAGGAGGGGAACUCCUCGAAUCUGCCCUUCUGCUCCGGCCACGAUGGAGAAGAAGAAGGAGGCCAUCGCGCUCCUUUCUAUGUACAACGACGAGGACAUGGAUCCUGAUGAUGAAGACGACGGCAGUGAUGACGACGGUGGCAACGAUGCCGGCGUUGCCGUAAAUGGUGAUGCUGGUGAAGUGGAUGAUGGCCGUGGUAAGGUUGACAAGAUUGACGAGGACAUGGAUGAAGCUGAUGCCGUUCGGAGCGUGGAUGAGGGCGUUGGGUUACCGGAGAAGUCCCCGGCCGUGCCGAUGCAGGAAGAUGCGGAGUCCGUUCGACCAUCAUUUCCUAAUGAGAAUUUGUUCCGCAGAAGCCCGUCGCCCUUCCCGUUGGUGACGACGUCGACCCCUCCUACAGCGGUCUUUGUGGAAUCGGAUAUGAGGAGAUCGACGAACGGCGGUGGCUUGACGAUUGUGGAUUAUGCUCACGACGAAGGGGCGAUGUCGCCUGAUCCCGAGGAGGGUGAGAUACCAGCUGCUGGUCGUGUUACGUUUGGUGCAGAACUUCAGGCUUCCAAUGACGCAUCUCAAUACAUGACGCCCCCUGGAUCUGUUAGGAUCAUGACUCCCAGCAAGAAUGAAACUGUGCAGUCUGUCUCACAGUCUGAAGAACUGAAAUAUGAGGUUGAUUCACGUAUUGAAUCAGAUGGUAUCAGACAAUCUGAAGCAGAUCAGAACAUAGAUGUUGAAGAAAAGCCUACAGAAGAAGUGUUAAAGGAGAAUAUGGAUCCACUGGAAAAAUUUCUUCCUCCACCACCUUCAGCGAAGUGCUCAGCAGAGCUGCAGGCUAAAAUUGUUAAGUUUCUUGGUCUGAUGAAUGCGGGAAGAAACUUUAAUGAAGAAUUGCGCAAGUCGAAGGGUUAUAGGAACCCUGACUUUUUGCAGCAUGCAGUGAGUUACCAGGAAAUAGAUCAGCUUGGUACCUGCUUCAGAAAAGAUGUGUUUGACCCUUAUGGGUAUGACAAAAGCGACUAUUAUGAUGAAAUAGAGGCUGAAAUGAAACGGGAACUAGAGAGAAAAGAACAAGAGAAAAAGAAGAACCAGAAAAUUGAGUUUGCACAAGGGGGCCUUCUGCCAACACCAGUAGUAACAGCACCAAAAGCACAAGUUCCAGCUUCAAUCCUAAGUGCUUCAUCCGUGGCUGUAAAUUUGUCCUCGUUACAUCCAGCUCCUACCACUGGUGAUGUGCCUCAAAAGGAGUUGAGGCAGAACAAAAAGUCAAAAUGGGACAAGGUAGAUGGCGAUAGGAAGCUUCCCUUGCCUGCUGGUGGUGGGCAGGAUCCUGUAUCAGCAGUAGGUGCACAUGCAGCAUUACUGUCUGCUGCAAAUGCUGGUGCUGGAUAUACUGCUUUUGCGCAACAGAAAAGAAAAGAAGCUGCCGAGAAAAGAUCAAGUGAAAAAGUUGGAAAAGAUAGUGGGAAGUAGCUAUAAUAUUUGGAAAAUUGGGCUUGCAGUCUGAUGUCCAUUGUUCAUAAUCUGAAGUCGGGUAUUCAAGUCGAUGUUUUUCCGCUCGAAUCUUCGGGUGGGCAGGAGGAACAUCCUGUAUAAUUUUGUAACUCGAGCACACUGUGGGAGAGAGGUGAAAGGGAAAACUGGAACAGGGAAUGAUUAAUGCAUGCCUAGUUCCUGCUCUGGAAUGUAAAAUUACAAAUUUUACUGUCAUUAUGGUCAUUCAGGCACCGGUUUUUUUUGAGAACUGGGACUCCUGAUCCGAGAAGCCUCAUUCCAUGUAGGUAUUCUCUCUCUCUCUCUAGGUGUGAUGCGGGACCUGAAUCAUAUCUGAUGGCCAAUCUAGUCUGACCCUCGCAUCAGUGGUUGUAUCCUUUGGCAUAUGAACAUUUAUUUCUUUUCAGAAAUUUUUUUAUUAGGAAA